GUUCCCUCCUUUAAUUUUUUGCCUCUUAUUGAAUUCUCUCCCUUCUGCAACUCUCUCUUCGUUGAUGUGAUUCUCCACUAUUCCCUCAAGAAGCCCCCAUUGCGACCUUUACUAAAAAGAAAGAGCAUCCUCACACAGGCCAUGGAUUUUCCAUCUCUCCCACCUUAUCUUGAUCCAUCCAACUGGCAACAGCAACAGACAGAUCAUCACCAAACUGGAAGCUCCAGCACAAAUACUCAGCUCCUGCCGCCACCACCACAACCUAAUGGAGGCGGUGGUGCCAGCUCGAUCAGGCCCCGUUUGAUGGCUGACGAGGCCCGCCUGGCCAACAUAACGAUGCCAGAGGGGCCGCUGAAAUGCCCUCGAUGUGAAUCGACCAACACAAAGUUCUGCUACUUCAAUAACUACAGCCUCUCCCAGCCGAGACACUUCUGCAAAACGUGCAGAAGGUACUGGACGCGAGGAGGAGCGUUAAGAAAUGUCCCUGUUGGAGGCGGUUGCCGGAGAAACAACAAGAGGAGCAAAUCGGGGAGCUCGAAAUCAGUGGCAAGUAGCAGCCAUCGGCAAAUCACAGCUCCGAGAUCGGGCUCUACUUGCAUACCGACCUCAAAUGGAGGGGCCAAUGUUGACACCACUGAAAUAUUAGGGGUCGGGACGCAGCUCCCACCGCUCGGCCACUUCAUGGCUCCUAUGCACUAUCUUCCUGAUAACUUGACUUUAUCAGCUGGCGCUGGACUUAAUUAUAAUACUGGAGUGCCUUCACCACUAGGAGACUUGAAUUUCCUGGCCGCGACCACCUGCGAUGGUGGAGCUUUAGAGCGGUGGCGCUUGGAGCAAGCACAGCAGCUUUCCUCGUCGGGCAGGCUGGAUCCAAACCUGGGAUUGUACCCGUCUGAAGGCAGGUUUGAGUCAUUGAGAGCUCUUAAUGUGAGGCCUAAUGCACCGCCUUCAUCAGCUGGGCUUACUGCUCAGCUCUCCUCAUCGGUGAAAAUGGAAGACAACAAUCAGCCUUUCUCGAGGCAAUUUUACGGGAUUAACCAUGAAAAUCAUCCCUUCUUGAGCAGUGCCAGCGCAUGGAUGGAUCUUUCUGGUUUCAGCUCUUCUUCCACUCGCAACCCCUUAUAGAGAUCUCUUGGUUAACUUGAUCCUCUCUUUUUGAAGCUUUCAUAGUUCUCCUCCUUUCUUUCAAAUUUUUGGUCAUCUCAACUGAUCAUUCAAAAAAAGAAUGAAACCCUAGAAAUAUUUAGUGGAGAUGGUUGCUGACUGCUCUGCUCUUAAAGAUGAAACCCUAGAAAUAUCUCUCA